AUGUCGUUGGAUGAAAAGUUUGACGCUGCCGUGGAGAUCAUCCAAAAGCUGCCCAAGACUGGUGAGUUUCAGGUUAAAGCCUCGAAACUUGUGCCUUCAACAUUUUUGAACAAGGAUUGAUUAAGGCCCGUUGACGACUUCGAAUGAUCAGAAACUGGCCUUUUACUCUCUUUUCAAACAAGCUACAGUUGGCGAUGUCAACACAGAACGGCCCGGAAUUUUUUCUCUCGUUGAACGCAAAAAAUGGUCAGUCAGCUCGAGAGUGAUUCUUGAAGCUUCCAAGAAAAGUGAACUCUCCGAGAGCUUCAAACUUUUUGAAAACCUCCACAACCACCAUUGACGCUCUGAUUAGGCCUUUUCGGAUUCAAAAUCAGCACGAAAAUUGUUAUUUUUUCGAAAAGAAAGUCUAAAACUUUAUCUAGUGCAUAAACAACGUUAUUUCCUAAACUUCAAAAAUCUUCAGUGAAAUACUACAAAUACUUGCUGUUCGCAGUUUCUGAGUCUUUUUUUUUUCACAGGGACUCGUGGAAAGAAGUUGAAGGAACCUCCAAGGAUGAAGCCAAGGAGCGCUAUGUUAAAACUCUUAACGACAUGUUUGACAAAGUCGCACAGGUUUUUCACCACGGAAACUCCAAAGCAUGAAUAAUUUAGGAACUCGAUGUGAACGCUUGGCUUGAAGAGAUCGACCCUGUCAUCAAGAAAAACCUCGCACUCAUUUCAAAGAACUAA